ACGCGUAAUUAAUACUAUAUUUAUGUAAAGUCAAAGUUACGAUGAUGACCUUACGAAACGCGUGUUUGGCUCUUGAAAGCAACUUCUGGGAAAGUCUGAUUAUUUAAAUUAAUAGAUAUUUAAAUCGUCACGGACCUCCUCUGGAUUCAGCUCGUCCUCAUCAGUCAUUAUUUUCGUAAGCAACCGAAGCUUCUUCAAUCCAAUUCAUGUCGGGAAUUCAAGGCCAGAUCCUCGAGGUCACUGUGGUUGGGUGUCAGAAAUUGAAGGAUACAGAAUGGUUCUCAAGGCAAGAUCCAUACGUUGUCCUCGAGUACAGCGGCACUAGGCAUCGUACCCGAACCUGCACAGAUGGUGGGAAGAAGGCAGUGUUUCAAGAGAAGUUUAUGUUCACUUUGCUCGAAGGACUUAGGGAUCUUAAAGUUGCUGUCUGGAAUAGUAACACUCUCUCCACUGAUGACUUCAUUGGCAAUGCUACGUAUGUUGAUUUCUCAUGUCGGCUUUCUGUUUGUGAUAGUCGAUUUGGAAUUGAGUCUUUUUGGUCUGUUAUUUUGUUUGUUGUGAUUAGGAUUCAGUUGCAGAAGGUUCUUUCUCAGGGAUACGACGACUGUACCUGGACUCUUCAGACCAAAACUGGCAGAUUUGCGGGAGAAGUAAGACUAAUACUGCAUUAUGCAGGCGCAAAGAAACAAAAUUACGGGUCUGCGCCAUCAGCACCACCAUAUGCCCCUCAAGUACCUCAGUACUCAGCACCGCCUGCUCCAUCUCCAUAUUCAUCACCACCCUACUCUGGACCAUCUCCGUACCCACAAGGACAAUACUCUCAGCCGCAAUCGGCAUACCCACCAGCUUCAGCUUAUCCUCCUCCUCCCUCAACUGCUUAUCCUCCAGGUCCUUCAGCUUACCCUCCCGGUCCUUCCGCUUACCCUCCAGGUCCUUCAGCUUACCCUCCUCCUCCGCCAUCCUCAGCUUACCCUCCUCCUCCAUAUCCUCCUCAACCAUCACCGUAUUACCCACAAGGUCCAUAUCCAGGACAAUACCCUCCGCCUACGUACUAAAGCUGCGGCGUUUAGAAUUGACAGGAAAGUGGUUAUGAUGCAUAGAUCAUAAUACUAGUGAUAUGCUAUUCCUAGAACUUUGUGACGAUUUUUUUGUUCUUUCUUUUAUCUUCCCUGUGCUUUUGUUGGUCUUUGCGAAAUGUAGCUUAAUGGUUAGUUUUUUGCGAUGGUCAGUGAGACUCAUUGGGGAAGUUUGGAUAUGUUCAUAUUAAGCCAGCUUGCAGAUUAUGUUGCAGAAUAAUCGAAUUAUUACCUUUAAAAAAGACCUUAUAUUGUGGUGUGUA